AUGAUGCUGUCGCUGCAGGCCCAGUCCCCGCGGGACCGCGCGGCCUCAGCGCCGUCCGCGCCGGCGCCGCUGCGGCCGCCUGGGGCCCUGGAGGGCGUCGCGGGCGCGCUGCCGCGCAGCGCGCUGGUGGGGCGGCAGGGCGCGGCCGCGCUGCUGGUGGCGGCGUGGGCGGGCGCGCGGGGCUCGCGCCCGCGAAGAGGCGGCAGCGGCCGCCUUGGCCCUGGGGGCGUAGGAGCCGUGUCGGACUCCGUCUGGGAGGCCUUCGUCGGGGAGGCGCGGAAGGAGCUGGAGAAGGAGGAUUACCGCCGCGAAUCAAAGAAAGCGACGCCGCUGACCGAGAAGCAGUUGCAGGCGGGCGCUGCGCGAGAGGAAGGCGCAGCAGAGGGAGCUGGUGCUGAAGGAGCUGCAGGAGUCCAAGAUGCUCAACCCGGGCCAGGCGGAGAAGUCGGUUCAGAGAACCUCGCUCGCCCGCGCCAAGGCCACGAAGCAAGAUAAGAAAAUUAUCAG